GAGCUGCAAACGCUGCGAUGCAAUGACUCGACCAAGACGGCGGAAAUCAACGAGGUCUUCACGGAUGUCGACAAGACUUUAGCGGCUUUGCUCAACGAGCUGCAAGAGCUCCAAGCGUCGGCGGCAACCGAGAAAGCACGACUCGAGACCAACGCUGCUGUCGCGCCCAAGACCAUCAAGCUCAACGUUGGGGGCCGCGUCUUCGAGACGAGCAAGGACAAUCUUUUACGGGAUGCGGACUCGUUCUUUUAUGCGAUGGUGACGAGCGAGACGUGGCAGCCCCGCGCACGGGAUG